AGUAGAUUGAUUAGAAACCUCAAUUGAGCGCAUUAAUACAUUCAAAAUCAAUAUGGCAAAGAUUUUCUUCACAUUUGCUGCCCUCGUCGCCUCCGCUCUUUGCUUCAGCGUCGCCUUCGCUGUCGAUGGCAUAUAUGUUCAAGGAAAAGUUUAUUGUGACGUUUGCCGAGUGGAGUUCGAGACCAAAAUCAGCGAGCCUAUUCUAGGAACUUCGGUGAAUUUGGAAUGCAAAAACCGGGAAAAUAACACGGUAACAUUCACAGCAGAGGGCACAACAGAUGCUGAAGGAAUAUAUAAAAUACCUGUUGUUGGCGAUCAUGAAGACGAUAUAUGUGAGGUGAGGUUGGUUAAGAGCGGAAGGGUCGAUUGUAGCGAAACAUUCAAGACUGUGGAUCGUGCACGAGUUCUCCUAACGAACAACGGAGGGGUGGUUCAAAAGAACCGAUUUGCUAAUUCUCUUGGCUUCAUGACUGCAAAAGCUAGCCCUAAUUGUGGCAAGACUCUCCAAGAUAUGGGGUUCCUUCCCCUUGAAGUUGAAGCUUAAACCUAAACUCUUAAUAUUGCCAACACAUGUAUUACUUUUAACUAUGCCAAAAGUGUAGCUCAAUUGCAUUAAUAUAUAUAUGUUUACUUGCUGAUAACAAA